AAUACGGGUUGAUCAUCUUCCUGAAGCAACUAUAGUCUUCUUCUGCUUCAUCAAAGGGGGAAACACCAUUCCAUAUCUCCCAUCGCAUCUUCCGAUCAAAGACUUCUCUAUGCCAAUUGCGGAAUCAGAUUCCUUUCUGGAGUUCUCUGUCGAACUGUUUGCUUGAGCUCAUAAUCAGUUCCUUCCGAUAUAAUCGAUUUGAAAUGCUCGUGAAUCGGUGAAAACACCAGUAAAUGAAUACAUCACCGUUUAUGGACAAGCAGAUCAUGGAUCUAUCGAGCUCGCAAAAUAAAAAUAACGCAGAAAAAGAUUUCAUGGAUCUGAACAAUCAACCUCCUCAAGAAGACGAUCAACAAGACGUCGUAGUUGGCGGCGGUGAUAAGACCGAUGAGAUCCUACCUAGCUAUGACUUCCAGCCAAUCCGUCCGAUCGUAUCAUCUCAGCCUUCCAAUUUUGAAUCUAGUAGCAGUGGUGGAGCUAGGGUUUGGGCGUCAGCUGAAUCUAAGAUUAAUUUUGGCACCCGAAACUAUGGUUCUCUUGAUUCUGUUGAACCCUCUAAGGUGAUUAUGAAGAACGAUCAUAGUGUCAUCGAUGCAGCUUUGAUAUCAGAGAUUGAUAGAACAAUGAAAAAACACGCUGAUAAUCUGAUGCAUGCUUUGGAAGGUGUCAGUGCACGAAUUUCUCAACUAGAGAGCAGAUCUAGGAACCUUGAGAACUCUGUUGAUGAUUUAAGAACAUCUGUUGGUAACAAUCAUGGAAACACUGAUGGGAAAUUAAGGCAGAUUGAAAACAUAAUCAGAGAGGUACACGCAGGUGUACAGGUUGUGAAAGAUAAGCAAGAAAUACUGGAGACUCAGCUGCAGCUAUCACAAGUACAAAUUUCAAAACCCGAGCAACCACCACCACCACCACAACCAGAACCCCAAAUUUCCGGCCAUAUGGGAUCAUUGCAGCAGCAGGCGGCGCUUCCAUCUCCGCCACCUCCCAUCCACCAUCCACCACCCCAAUUUCCGGCGAACAUCAUGUCCAUUCCACAGCAUGAUUCUUACUACCCACCGCCCGGUCAAACCGCUGAACCACCACCACAACCACAGCAGUACCAACUGCCGCCACCGCCUAAGCUCUCACCGCCAUCACCACAGCCACAAUAUCAAUACUCUCAACUACCGCCAAUGUCCCUGCAACACCAUAACCCUAACCCUAACCCUAAUCCCCCUCAUUCCGAAGAACCACCGUAUUUAUCUUAUCCACCGAGUUUCCGGCAACCUGGCGGCAGCGGCCCACCUCCACCACAGUUUAACAAUAAUCCAUCCGGGUCAGGUUUUUCCGGCCAGUACGGGCCAUCACCUGGGUUUAACGAGCCUUACAAUUACGGUGGUCCUGGUUCUGGCUCUGGCUCUGGUUCUGGUUCUCAGUAUGGCAGCGGGUCACCCGUAAAAUCCCAUGGCGGCGGAAGCGGCGGAGGUGGAUUCUCUCAGCUUCCUACCGCCAGGAUUUUGCCGCAGGCUGUUCCUACCGCGGCGGCAGUUGGCGGCGGUGGUGGUGGUUCUGGGAGCGGUGGGAAUAGGGUUCCGAUUGAUGAUGUGGUUGAUAAGGUUACUAAUAUGGGGUUCCCGAGAGAGCAAGUGAGGGCGACUGUUAGAAAGUUGACUGAAAAUGGUCAGGCGGUUGACUUGAAUGUGGUGUUGGAUAAGUUGAUGACUGAUGGGGUUGAAAGUCAAGGGCCCAGAGCUUGGUUUGGUCGUUAAUACUUGAUCUGUUUUUAUUAUUAUUUUGUUUUGUUUUGGGGAUUAUAUUUUGUGAUUAAUGUACAUAAAUUUGAACCAAUGUGGCUGAUGGAUGUUAUAUGAUUGGAUUUAUCAAUGUGUACUCUGAUUUCUGACCUCAUAUUUUACUUGACGU